UGUGACGAUAGUUACAGUGAGAUGCAAGUGGAUUAUAGAAAUUCUGCAACACAUUACUGGAUUACAGCUUUUUGGUGUGCCAUUGGAGCUAUUGUAUUGGGAGCAAUUGCGGUGAUAUCAUAUUGGAUACGAAAAUGCAGGACACCACUGGGCAGCAAUUACAGCACCAACAACAACAACAACACAACCACCACCAGCUUCAGCUACAGCUUCAACAACAACAACCACUCCAUCAACAGCUCCUCCAGGUGGACAAUAGAAUCAUACAACAGCAUCCUAUUAGACAAAAGGAUAUCUUUCAUCAGCCUCUGCAGGCGAAUGCACUCCAAUGCAAUCUUCCAUCUCACGCACCUCUGUCAGUACCGAUCACCGCCGCCACCGCACCAACAUCCACCACAACUUCGGCACAGUCCAAUCCCAAAUCAGUAUCAAUUCUAGUAUAUAAGACCUUGAAUACGGUUUUCAAAAGUAGUCGCAAGAUCAUCUUUCGAGUGUGCGAGGUAGCCAGUGCCAAAAAGUCCUUUACAAUGUUCAAAUUCAAUCAGAGAGCAAAAAGUUCAGAGGCUGCUGCAGCAGCCGCCUGCACCGGACAUGAUCGGUUUAGUCAAGUUCGUGUAACAAAUAAGAAAAAGAAGGACUUCUAUAAGAAAAAGAAAACAAAUGGACUGAGACGAAGUAAUUCGGCGAUUGAAUUUGAUGCUUCAGCAUUAACUGCAGCGAAUAGAAGACAGCUUUUUAGUCGAAAUCGUUCAGCCAGUUCAGAACAGGACAAUUCGGAUCAAUCAGAACAUUCGGAAAAAUCCCCGCUAGUAAGCGCGAGGUUAGACAAUCUAGCAAAACUAUUUUUUAGCAAAUCGAUGCCCUCGGAAACUGGAAGUAGAGAUACAAUAGAAUCAGUGCUAACUACAAGACCAAAUUUAAAAUACCAAUACUCAGCGCUAGAUGGCGGUACUGGUGUCACUGACAGAAGUCCUCGCGAACGAGCCUCCCGUGAUCGUGCCCUAAACGCAUGCAAAGAAUGGGUACAAAAUUCAAAUGGGCGUUACGAUGUUAUCGCCCACCUAGACGAGAUUGGUUCUCGUCAUUCGAAGAACUGGUUUCUAAUCAAUGAUUCUUCGGUCCGCACUGACCGCCUUAUGACCUUACUUCCAUUACCUCCAGACUGUGUUGCCUUAGAUGAACUGCCACCAUGUGAAAGUCCAAAGGGAAUACUUAUGGAAUUGCUCGGUUCCCUCCAUCAUCCGUACAUCUAUCCUGUUCUAGAUUUAGGUUUUUUACGUACCAGUUCAAUUAAUUAUGCUUGCCUGGUAACACCAUUUAAUUCACGCGGCAGCCUCAAGGAUCUCAUUUAUAAAGCCCAGUGGAAUGAGCCAUGGAAUCGCAAAUAUACAAGAAAGCCAAACGGUUUGCCAGCAACUCAAGUGCAAAGAUUGGGUCGUCAGAUACUUGAGGCUUUGCUUUUCCUAAAAGAACGAGGCUUUCCGUUGCACGGUCAUUUGCAUAGUGGAAAUGUUAUUUUGCAAAAUGGUGCCGCAAGACUCUCUGGCCUGGAGAAUGGCCUUUUAGGAUUAAGUUCUCGCAUCAAUGCGAUUAUGUGGUCACGUUCAACCACAGACAUCGAGAAUGUAGAUAUUAUAUGUUUUGGUCAUUUAUUAUAUGAGAUGUGCACUGGCCAAGAGAUGACCACACCAAAACCGUCCAUGAGAGUUCUUGAAAUGGAUCUAGAACAAUAUCCACAGAUUUUGGAAAUCCUCGGAUUAAUCUUCGAUCCACCAGGCGGACAAUGCCCUUCAGUGGAGGAACUCGUGCUGUGUGAUCUUUUCCGUAAUAUUGACUUGCGUGAGCUACGAGGUCCAUGCUUUAGUACAAUCAAACCAAGUCUAAGUAGAUCAACCCUUAAUUUGCUGCUUGCUGUAAAAAAGCGACAAACUGCAUCCUUAGGCAGCUCAUUUAGCGAAACAAGCUCCCCAUGCACACCGCCAUCAACGCCCCGUGACCGAAGGGUUGGAAAAAAAUCACAAAACAAAAAAUAAUAAACUAAAUACAUCCUAAUGUACCUAUGCCUUACAUAUACAAACAUAUAUAUAGAACAAAGGGUAGCAUUUUACAUCCUAGUUCUGUCUUUCUAUAUAUACUUUAUAAUUAUACUCCUAUAUAUAUGUACUUAUAUUUAUAUGUUUUUCAUAUAUUCGUUUCGUGUUCGUGUUUUCCAUGUGGACUGAUUAUGAACUAAAAUGUGACAGCUUAAGAAGAAUGUCACAAAAAGUUCUCUCAUUUUAGUACUUUUUUUUUAAAUUUUUGUUUGUUUUUCUUUUUAUUGUCGUUCAUACAAAAUAUAAUCCCCGCAUGUAUCCUUAUAAAUUAUUAUAUCCUUUAACAAACCAAACAAACACCAAAUAAAUUUGUUUUUUUGUGAAUAAUAAAAUUUAAAUUUUUGUUUAUUGUAAUUUGUGUCAAAAUUAUACUU